UAGUACACGCAGAAGCGCAGCUACCCAGAGCAAGAAGGAAAAUGGCCGGCGACGUCGCCCGUGAGGCCCUCCGGGCGCGCGCGCGGGCGAUGCCCUGGACGGUGCGGCUGCAGCUCCGCGCGCUCGAGGCCGGCGUCGACGCCACGCAGCGCCGGGACGGCACCAUCAACCGCUUCCUCUUCUCGCUGCUCGUGGACCGCCAGGCGCCCGCCAACCCCGCGCGCCCGGACGCGCUCGGCGUCCGCUCCGUCGAUGUCACAGUCGACGCUUCCACCGGCGUGCGAGCCCGCGCCUACUUCUCUGCUACCGAGACAGAGCCCUCGCCGCGGCCUGUGAUCGUUUACUUCCACGGCGGCGGCUUCACGUACUUCUCCGCGGCCACGCGCCCCUACGACGCGCUCUGCCGCACCAUCUGCCGCGAGACCGGCGCCGUCGUCGUGUCCGUGAGCUACCGCCUCGCGCCCGAGCACCGCUUCCCCGCCGCAUACGACGACGGCGAGGCCGCCCUCCGAUACCUCGCCACUACCGGCCUCCCCGCCGAGAUACCCGUCCGCGCCGACCUCACCCGCUGCUUCCUCGCCGGCGACAGCGCGGGCGCCAACAUCGCGCACCACGUCGCGCAGCGCUGGACGGCGGCUGCCACGACGCCACCCAUCCGCCUCGCCGGGAUCCUGCUCCUUGCCGCCUACUUCGGCGGCGAGGACAGGACUGAGUCGGAGCUAGCUCUCGAGGGCGUGGCGCCGAUCGUGAACCUUCGCCGGUCCGACUUCUGGUGGAAGGCGUUCCUGCCGGAGGGCGCCGACCGGAACCAUCCGGCCGCGCACGUGACGGGCGAGGCCGGCCCGGAGCUUGAGCUGCCGGAGGCGUUCCCUCCGGCGAUGGUUGUGGUCGGUGGGCUCGACCCUCUGCAGGACUACGGGCGGCAGUAUGCCGCCAUGCUGCGCCGGAAGGGGAAGGAGGUGCGGGUGGUGGAGUUCCCGGACGCCGUGCAUGCCUUCUACUUCUUCCCGGUGCUGCCGGACACCGGCAAGCUCGUCGCCGAGAUCAAGGCGUUCGUGGGGAGCAUCGGGCCGGAGCCGAUCGCCUAGAGAACCCGAGAUGAUGAUUAUGACCACUCGUCGUGAAUCAGAGGCAUUAUGUUCUCGUACCUCUUUCUGUUAAUGUAUAUUGUUUGGUCGAUACAA